AUGUCUAACCUGAGGAGGGUGUUGGAGAGGCAAGAGCGAGAAGAUGAAGAAAUCAGCCGCAAACGUGCUGAAGAAGAUCGUGAGUUGGAUGAAAAUGAGGAUGAAGUUGUUUUAACGGUGGGUAUGCUCAAUCAAUCAAGGCAAUACCACCAGGGUCGUGUCCCGAACGUGGACAGACAUAGACACUCUCAGGAUAAGAAUCUCUUGGAAGAUUACUUUAUCCCAAAUUCGUUGCAUCAUAUUUCUUCUUUUCAAGGAAGAUAUAGAAUGUGCUUUACAAAUGCUUGUGGGGCAUCUGCAGACCAGGUGGAUGAAAUUGCUAGGCUGGGGAAAUCAACUAUCCUAGAGUGUUUGGUCAGAUUCUAUGAUGCAAUAGAAACUCUCUACAUGAGGGAUUACUUUCGCAAACCUACACCUAGGGACCUCCAAAGGCUUCUACAAAAGCUGAGGCUCGAGGUUUCCCAGGCAUGA